CGGGGCGGGGUCGUGAGAACUGUCAAUCAGGCGCGCUGACCGGAGGAGGGUGCAAGGUUCAAAGAGCCCGCCGAGUCUUCUCCACGCCCCUGCACUGGGCUCCGGAUUCUGUCACUGAGAGACUCCCUGGAACGUCUGUGGCAGCUUCUGUCUCGCUGGGACCCGCACUGACUGCGGGAGGCAGAGGGAGGAACCUGGACACCGGAAGCCGGGAAAUGGACUCAGUGGCAUUUGAGGAUGUGGCUAUAAACUUCACCUGUGAGGAGUGGGCUUUGCUGGGUCCAUCACAGAAGAGUCUCUACAGAGAUGUGAUGCAGGAAACCAUCAGAAACCUGGACUGUAUAGGAAUGACAUGGCAAAAUCAUGAUAUAGAAGAAGAUCAGUACAAAGAUCUCAGAAGAAAUCUAAGAUGUCAUAUGGUAGAGAGAUCCUGUGAAAUUAAAGAUAAUAGUCAAUGUGGAGGACCCUUUACCCAGAUUCAAGACAGUAUUAUGAACGAGAAAAUAUGUGGAGUAGAUCCGUGGGAAAGCAGUGAGUGUACAGACGUCCUUAUGGGUCGUUCAUCUCUUAAUUGCUACAUUAGAGUUGAUAGUGAACACAAACCAUGUGAGUAUCAAGAAUAUGGAGAGAAGCCAUAUACACAUACACAAUGUGGGACAGCUUUCAGUUAUCAGCCCUGCUUUCAAAUACAUGAAAGGCCUCAGCAUGGAAAGAAACUCUAUGAUUGUAAGGAAUGUGCAACCUUCAGUUCUCUUGAAAACCUUCAAAGACACAUGGCAGCACACCAUGGAGAUGGACCUUGUAUAUGUAAGUUGUGUGGAAACGCCUUUAUUUGGCCUAGUUUAUUUCAUAUGCUUAGAAGAUCUCACACUGAAGAGAAACCAUAUGAAUAUGAGCAGUGUUCUACAGCGUUUCCUGCUUAUAGUUCCACUCUAAGACAUGAAAGAACACACAGUGGAGAGAAACCCUAUCAAUGUAAACAAUGUGGGAAAGCCUUCAGUUGUUCCUGUUACACUCAGCUAUAUGAAAGGACUCACACUGGAGAACAAUCCUAUGAAUGUAAGCAAUGUGGGAAAGCAUUUUAUCAUCUUGGAAGCUUUCAAAGACACAUGAUAGUGCACACUGGAGAUGGACCUCAUAAAUGUAAGAUAUGUGGAAAAGGCUUUCUUUCUCCCAGUUCAGUUCGAAGACAUAAAAGAACUCACACUGGAGAGAAACCGUAUGAAUGUAAGUAUUGUGGGAAAGCAUUCUCUGAUUGCACAGGUUUUCGAAGACACAUGAUAACGCACACUGGAGAUGGACCUCAUAAAUGCAAGGUAUGUGGGAAAGCCUUUGAUUCUCCCAGUUUAUGUCGAAGGCAUGAAACAACUCAUUCUGGGGAGAAACCCUAUAAAUGUGAAUGUGGGAAAGCCUUUAGUGAUUUCUAUUACUUUCGAAAUCAUGAAAUUACUCAUACUGGAGAGAAGCCAUAUAAAUGUAAACAAUGUGGAAAAGCCUUCAUUUGUUGCACUUACCUUCAAAUACAUGAAAGAAUUCACACUGGGGAGAGACCCUAUAAAUGUAAACAAUGUGGAAAAGCCUUCAGGUCUUCCAAUUACAUUCGAGUACAUGAAAAGACUCACACUGGAGAAAAGCCCUAUGAAUGUCAGCAGUGUGGAAAAGCACUUUCUCAUCUGAAAAGCUUUCAGAGACACAUGAUAAUGCACACUGGAGACGGACCUCAUAAAUGUCAGAUAUGUGGGAAAAGCUUUGAUUCUCCCAGUUCGUUUCGAAGACAUGAAAGAAUUCACACUGGGGAGAGACCCUAUAAGUGUAAACUAUGUGGGAAAGGCUUCAGGUCUUCCAGUUACAUUCAACUACAUGAAAGGACUCACACUGGAGAGAAACCCUAUGGUUGUCAGCAAUGUGGGAAAGCAUUAUCUGAUCUCUCAAGCUUUCGAAGACACAUGCUAACACAUACUGGAAAUGGACCUCAUAAAUGUAAGAUAUGUGGGAAAGGCUUUGAUUAUCCCAGUUCAGUGCAAAGACAUGAAAGAACUCACACUGGAGAGAAACCCUAUGAAUGCAAGGAAUGUGGUAAAGCCUUCAGUCAUUCAAGUUACUUACGAAUACACGAAAGAGUUCAUACUGGAGAGAAGCCGUAUAAAUGUAAGGAAUGUGGGAAACCAUUCCAUUGUCCCAGUGCCUUUCAUAAACAUGAAAGGACCCACAGUAUGGAGAAACCCUAUAAGUGUAAAGAAUGUGGGGAAGCAUUUCAUUGUAUCAGUUCCUUUCAUAAACAUGAAAUGACUCACUAGAGAAAACCCCUAUGAGUGUUGAACAUGUGGGAAAGCCUUAAGUACGUUCAGCUUCUUACAAAUACAUAAAAGAGACUCACACUGAAAAAAGUUGUAUGAAUAUAAAAAUGUACUAAAACCUUGCAUUUUUUUAGUACCUUUGGAAACAUGACCAAAUUCAUACUUCAAAGAAGUAUAUAUAAUGAAUGUGAGGAAUAUGAAAAAGCUUUCUUUCUCUAGCAAACUUUAAAAGGUGGAUAUUGUGACAUGUUAGAAAUGGACCUUACUACUGUAAGGAAUGUAGAAAUGCAUUUACUAGUCCUAAUUCAUUUCAGUUACAUGAAAGAUUUCAAACUGCAGAGAACAACUAUGAAUGUAAACAAUGUGAUAAAGCAUUUAGUAGCUUCAGUUUCUUUUGAAUACAGUCCUCCCUAGUUUCUGAGGUGAAUUGAUUCCAGCACCCUCAGGAAUACCUAUAUUCAGAGAUGUUCAAGUCCCUGAAAUUAAACAGCAUUUUUGCAUAUAACCUAGGCACAUUUUUCUGUAUAUUUUAAAUCAUUUCUAGAUUACUUAUAAUACACAAUGCAUUGUAAAUUCUGUAUAAGUUGCUUUUGUAUUGUUUAGGGAAUCAUGACAAGAAAAAGGUCUACAUGUUCAGUACAAAUACAACUGUCAUUGUCCUAAGUACAUGUACAUGUCAGCAACAAUGUCAGGAUCUGUGCAGUUUGUGAAUAUAAGAUCUUUAAGUAUUGAAGGUUUCAUCUCCAUAAUUGCAGCUGCUUUAGCUACAAAUAUUACAGGAAGCUGUUCCUUCUUUUUCUUUACAUCACCAGACCUUCCAGUGGUUAUAGGCAUUUUGUUAUCCUUCAAGUGACCUGGAGCCUUUGUUGCAUGACAGGAUUGUACCUGAAGAUCACAUUCUUUAACAGUUGUACCUACUGAAUCUGUAAAACUACUAGAAGAAAACAUUUUGAAAAUACUUCAGGACAUUGGUUUAGGCAAAGAUUUUAUGGCUAAUACCUCAAAGCACAGACAACAAAGACAAAAAUAGACAAAUGAGACUAUAUUACACUAAAAAGUAGCUGUGCAAAGUAAAGGGAACAACAAGAGUGCAGAGAAAACCUGUUGAAUAUGAGAAAAUAUUUGCAAACUAUGUGACAAGGGACUAAUAUCCAAAUAUACAAGGAACUCAAACAUCUCAACAGCAAAAAAUAUAAAUAAUCCCAUUAAAAUGGGAAAAGGAUGUGAAUAGACAGUUCUCAAAAGAAGACAUGCAAAUGGCCAUAUGGAAAUAUGUUCAACAUCACUAAUGAUUAGGAAAAUCCAAAUUGAAACCACAAUGAGAUACUGUACUUAGAAUUGUUCUUACUAGAAAAGAUAAAAAACAACAAAUGCUGAUGAGGAUGUGGAGAAAAGAAAACUUUCACUGUUGGUGAAAGUAUAAAUUAGAACGACUACUGUGGAAAACAGUAUGUAGAUAUCUCAAAAACCUAAAAAUAGAACCACCAUAUGAUCCAGCAAACCAGGUAUAUCCACAGGAAAAGAAAUCAGUAUAUCAAAGAGAUACUUGCACUUGCAUAUUUAUCACAGCAUUAUUCAUGAUAAUAAAGAUAUGCAGUUAACCUAAGCAUCCAUCAGUGGACACAUGGAUAAAGAAAAUGUUUAUGUACACAGUGGAAUGCUAUUUGGCCAUAAAAAAGAGUAAAAUGUUAUUGCUAACAACGUGGAUGGAACUUGAGGUCAUUAUGGUAAGUGAAAUAAGCCAGGCACAGAAAGACAAAUACCACAUGUCCUCACUUACAUGUGGGAGGUGAAAAACUUGAUCUCAUGGAGAUAGGGAAUAGAAUAACAGUUAUCAGAGGCUGAGAAGGGGAAAUGAAGAGAAAUUGGUGAAUACAUACAAAUUUCCAUUUAGAUCAAAGGAAUAAGUUCUGAUAUUAGAAAGCAGGCUAGAGUGAACUAUAGUUAGCAACAAUGUAUUGCAUAUUUCAAAGUAAUUGGAAGAGAGGACUUGAAAUGUUACCAACACAUGGAAAUGGUAAAUACUCAAGAUCAUGGAUACCCCAAAUACGCUGACUUGACCAUUACACAUUCUAUGCAUGCAACAAAUACUCAUGUGUACCUUAUAUAUAUGUAAAAUAUGUAUCAAUAAAAGAAAAUAUAUAAAAUAGUUUUAAAAUAACACUAUUGUCAGGUGUCUGUGGGCUGAGGAACAGCCUAAGGUGUAAACUUAAGUUCUUCUCAGGUCUUUUCUUAGUUGCACCUGUCCCUGGGCAUGUGUGGAAACUGUCCAAUUUUCUCUGUAUGUAUGGUUAUUUUUGCACAACCUAAUCUUCAGUGGCUCUCAAAAGGAGAGAAAUAAAAACAUUAAGGGAAAAAUAAAA